UGAACCUGACAUUAGAGGAUAUUGAACCCACUACUGUAUGAAGAAAGUUACUCCAAAAUUUUUCUUCAGUCUCUCACAUCAGGAAAUGAAGAAGACCUUGAUUCUCAUGAAGCCUCACAAACUUGAGCAGGGAGUAAUUUGUGAGCUUUUGAAAGCAGGAGUCUGAACUGUUUGACCAAACAUUGUGAGAUUUCAUUGUUGCAGUGGGAGGUGCCUCAGAAUGAAGCUGUUUAUCUUGCUGCUACAGAUAUGAACUGCCCAAGCCAGAUAAAAAGAGCUUACAGUAAUAUCUGGUACAAGUUAAGCAGAGAAAUCCCUGCAAGAGACCCAUCCACAGAGAAUAAGCCAUUUCUCUGCUUUCUGAAUUUUCCAAAUGGACUCUGUGACUGCUGCUUACUCAUACACCACAAUAGAACCCAUUGCUCUGUGAUCUGCAGUGAAGAAUUGGAUUCAAAGCUUCUUAGUGUUUAGAAAUAUGAUGGGGCAUAUAGAUUUGAUUCUCCUAUCUACCUUCCUCUCGGUUUCCAUGACAUCUGAAACAUUUGAUCCUGUGGAAGGUGAGGCUUUAGUUAUAAGAUGUCCCAAAUGGAGUUCAUCUGUGAAAAUCACCUGGUAUUGCAUGGAUACUCAUAAAGUAAUUCCUGCGGAAGAGGAUGGGUCACGAGUAUUUUCCAUAGAACAAUUUCUUUUUUUUCUGCCAACAUCUAGAGAGGAUUCUGGGAACUACACUUGUGUAACACUUUUGUCAAGUAAUCGCACCAAGUCCUACAAUGUGAGUGUGCAAGUGCAUUCAUACAAGCCAGGAGCAUGUUUCCCAAGUCGGACUCAUUACCCAAAUGACACUGGAAGAGGAAGAGUUUCUUGUCCUACCAUUGAUAACUAUAAGAAUGCUACCAUUGUCCAGUGGUAUAAGGACUGCAAGCCUCUUCAGGGACAGAGAUACUUGAAGGAAGGAAAAUAUAUUUAUAUUGAGAAUCCAAGAAGGGAGGACGAUGGUUAUUAUACUUGUCAAUUUAUUUAUACCCAUAAAGGAAAUAUUUUUAAUGUAUCAGCAACAAGAAUUUUCAUAAGUGAGGUGAAAUACUCACCUCUACCACCUCAAAUCAUAUUUCCAAAGAAUAAAGAUGUAGUAGAAGCAGAGCUUGGUGCUGCUUUAUCUCUGAAAUGUCAGGCCCGCCUGGGGAUUAAGAAACAGCCACUGGCUGCUGUCAGAUGGGAUGUGGAUAAUAUCCCAGUGGAAAGCCUUGUUUUUUCAAGAUUUCAUGAAGAAACUAAUUCUUUCAAUGGGCAUGAUCAAGUAUACUAUGAAGAGACAAGUUUGAAUAUUACUGAAGUAAAAAAAGAGGAUCUGCAGUCAAAUUUCACAUGUAUAGCAUUGAACACAAUGUACAACACAAGGGUCACAGUGACAUUACAACUCAAAGUGCAAUCUGAGGAGGUUCUUCCUUAUGCCCUCCUGAUCACAGGAUCUCUAGUUCUGCUAGGUGCAAUAGCAAUCUCAGUUAUUCUUUACCAGUCUUUCCGAGUUGAUAUCGUCCUGUUGUAUCGGGAGAUAUUCCAGCCCCACCCAGUCAAGGAUGAUGGAAAGAUAUAUGAUGCGUAUGUUAUCUACCCCAAAAACCACGCCAGUGAAGCUAAUUUUGUGGAAUAUUUUGUUUACCAAGUCAUGCCAGAUAUUCUAGAAAAUAAAUGUGGAUAUAAAUUGUGUAUUUAUGGGAGAGAUAUAUAUCCUGGAGAAGGCAUGAAACCUAAGCUGCUGCAUUUUCUGUUUCAUAUUUCUGAAUCAUCUGCAUUGGGCCAGGUGUCAUUCAUCUUUGAUGUACUUCUCUUCUGGAAAGUUGUGAAAGGGCUGCCUGGCCUGGGCAGGCUGCCUGGGAAAAACAAAGGUAAAGAAAAGCUGCAAAAGUUGUUGAGCCAGACCAUUCCCAGGUCCAGCAAGGAGCUACAGGAGUUCACAAAUCUGUCAGUGGCAAAAAUCUAUACCACUUGCAGUGGCCUGGCAGCCCCCAGCAAAGGAAAAAAAGGUACAUAUGGAGCUGGCUGAUACCUCUGCAAAUCAGCUGCCUUGUGAAAUAACUGGUGCGUUGAAUUUCCUCAGCUGGGCUCCCACUUCUUUCUUUUGCCCAGCAUCACAGUGAUAGUAGCAUUGAUCAGCUGUCCCUAACAUGCCAGUGGGAAAUUCAAACACCUUCAGUUGUGCUGACACACAGAUGCCCUGAAAGUCUGGAUCUAUCCCUGAAGGGUGAAGGCCAACAUAAUGUACAGAUUAGUGUAUAAAUUAGCAUGCAUAACUCAGGACAAUUAACUGUAAUUAACUCUAACCCCACCUGGAGAUAGGCCUCUUGGAAGCAAGUCACCCAAAAGUCUCCUAAUGACUAAUUUCCAUGGGUAAGUAUUGCAAGAUCAUCUCUAAGGCAUUAAACUCUGCAACACAAUUCCUUACAUGGAGACUAUUGAUUAAACAGAGUUUUGAUACAGUCAGAUCUACUGAACUUGACCCUAGGUCACUGGACUAGAAAUUACUAGCAGUAGUUAAAAACAGUGAAAAUAUUAAUGUUCCAACCAAUAAAUCCCAGUUGAAAUGAAAGGUUUGUGUUUUGGGCUUUUUGCUUUUCUCUUCAGCUGCCUCAUCACCUUUGGUUGGUGGUUAGUUUUUUGUCUUUUUCUAAUAAAUAAACAAACUAUGUCAGACUGAAGUGAGAUAGAAAUUACGUCUGGUUACAAAGCAAUGAAAAUGGAGUUUCCAAUCUCAAAACAAUUU